AAACAUAUUUAAACACAUUUAAAUGACAUUUAGAGGACAUUUAAACACAUUUAAACACAGUUUUUCUCAGGAUUAUGUUAAAAUCAGCAUCCAGAAACUUUUCUGCAGCUGCUGAGUUGGAAAAAAACCAUAACUUAAAUGAGACGUUAAUAUUUAUAGAAGCCCAUCUGGUUUGUGUCUGCUCAUAAAGAUAACGCUGAGCUUCAUCUGCAUCCUCGUCACGCUGCUUCCUGGUUACCGGUUACUAUGGUUACGGCUGCUACUUCCUGCUGCCGGUCCUGGAGGUUCUAAAUGUGAUGAUUUAGUGUCAUUUUUUUGUGUUUCAGUAGUGAUUUUGCGUAUUUUUAUAGUUAUUUUAUGUAUUUUUAUAGCUGUUUAUGUGCUUUUAUAGUUCUUUUGUGUUUUAUUGUUAUUUUAUGUCUUCUGUUACAUAUUUUAUGUGUUUCUUUCACCUACAGCUGCUUCUCUGACAGUUUAUGAUCCCAUAAAGCAGCAGAUGAGGAUCAGAAGAGUUAAACUUUAACCAGAUAUAAACAUCCUCCAGGACAGGAAGUGUGUGUGUCUGUGUGUCUCACCUGCUCAGGUAAAACCACUGGCUGCAGGUUAGAACGUAGAUUCAUUUAAAACCAGCUAGAAUUCAGCUUUAAUGUAACACACGCACCACUAAAGACAAUUUAAACCAGUUUCAGGAAGAAGAGCAACGCCAGGAAAGACUGGGAUCAGAGGUCUGUGUUUUAUUCAUCACUCUUUGUGCUCAUUUUUUUGUCAUUUUUGAUCAUUUUGUGUAGUUUUGUGAUCAUUUUGUGUAGUUUUGAGGUCUUUUUGUAGUAUUGUGGUCAAUUUGUGUCGUUUUGUGUUAAUUCUUGUGUAGUUUUUGGUCAUUUUUGUAGUUUUCUGGUCAUUUUUUGUGCUUUUGUUGUCAUGUUAUGUAGGUUGUGGUCCUAUUGUGUAGUUUUGUGAUCAUUUUGUGUAGCUUUGUUAUUUUCCGUAGGUUUAUGAUCAUUUUUUGUCGUUUGUGGUCAUUUUGUGUAGUUUUGUGCAGUUCUUGGUAAUUUCUUGUCAUUUUGUCAUCUUUUUUGUGAUCACUUUGUGUGGUUUUCUGGUCAUUUCAUGAAGUUUUGUGUAGUUUUCUGGUAAUGUUGUGUAGUCUCUUGUUCAUUUGUUGUAGUUUUGUGCUCAUUUUGUGUCAUUUCUUAGUCGUCAAAUUCACGUCAAAACUUUAUUUAAUAUAGAUGGAGCGCCGUUGUCAUGGAAACAAACCCAAUGACGUCCUCAGCAGGUGGUUCGGUCGCCACGGUGAUGACCAGCGUAGCAUCCUGACAUUGAACGUGUUGUUGCUAGGCGACAGGCAGAGUGGGAGGAGCUCCGUGGGGAACGCUCUGAUUGGAGGACACGAGUUCCAGACGGGUGUCAGCGUCGGUGGCGUCUCCAUGACGACCGACUGUCAGGUCCUCAGCCGACGGUUUCCACAGUACUUCAGACGUCAGGGGGCGGAGUCUGACCUCCUGCUCAGAGUGGUGGACACGCCCCCUCACAUGCCCCGCCCACACACGUUGCACGAGCUCUGCCCCGAGGGCGUGCACGUGAUCAUCAUCGUAGUCAGAGUGGACCAGCAAGAAAACACACAACUGAUGGAACACACAGAGGCUCUCUUGGGUCCAGAUUUUCGUCGUCACGCUGUCGUCGUUUUCACUCAUUCUGAUCGACUCAAAGAGGCGGGGCUUCACCCGUCCGUCUUCCUCAGCCAGACCCCUGAUUGGCUGAGAGCCCUGGCCAAGGAGGUGGUUGGCGGAGUGUGUUUCCUGGACAACAACUGUGAUUGGCCGUCAAUCCGCGGACGGCCUCUGAGGGAACGAUUGCUCCGCCUCUCGGCAGGAAACCAGCACAGAGCUGUUAGGGUCCAGACAGAGGUCUCACUCUGAGGCAAAUUUCAGAAACGUGCAGGUGGGGACAGGAAAAUACUAAAAUAAACAUCUUCUAAAAUAGAGGAAAUUUCUUUUAAUUAAAAUACAUUCCUAUAACUCUGAGGUCACUUAUUUUGUAUUUUUUGUAUUUUCAAGUGUAAAAAUUAUUUGUAAACCAAUAAAAUUAAAUGUAAAUGUGUCAAAAUGUGCUUUAAUGAAAAUGUUAUUGAGGAAGUCAGUUUUUAUUAGUGGGCCCCUACCAACAGUAAACAACAACUCUGAGCGCUUCAGCACCUGGAUUAGCUUGUUCUGCCUGCCAGCAGAAUCAACUUUAUUGACAAUUUUAACUGUUUCUGGAACAGGCCAGAAUUCUUUAACAGUGAUGGCAUUAAUCCAAACAGGUCCGGCAGAUCACUUUUAAUCUCUAAUAUCCGAUACACCGUCCACACUUCAGACUGACGAGUGCCAGUGUUUACAUCCAUCUCUUCUUCACGCCCCACUGAACCACCUCCCAGCCACAGCGCCCCCCUGUGUCCCCUCCUGGAACUCCCCUAUCAUUCCCUCUAUCACUGUCAGUCCACCCACUGUCCCUCCCCUCUGGCUCCCCCUGCCUGCCACCAUCUCUCCACCAGAACUCAACAAGUUGCCAAAUUCCCACCAUCAUUAGCUUCUGACCACCCUGACAGUUCACCCCCAGAAACUGCCAUCUUGCCAACCUCCGCCCACUUCCCUGGACCUCACAGCCUCGUCCCCAGAAGCCUUCCUCUCACCACACAUCCACACUUCUCCUGAACUUUGCCCUCUUCAACACCCAUUCCGUCACCAGCAAAGGCCCCAUUCUACAAGAAUUCAUUCUGGACAAUAAACUGGACUUCCUCUGUCUAACUGAAACAUGGCACAAACAUGUGCACAUGGCACAAAACCACUGGAUUUCUACCCACUCAACCAAGCCACACCUUCCGGAUACACCUACCUCAACACACCACAACCAGAAGGUCGAGGAGGUGGCAUCACAGUCAUCCACAAACAGGUCUUCACAACCAUCCCACUUUCCAUCCCCUCCCCACCCACUCUCUUUUGAACUCCUUCACCCCAAACAAUCCCUCCAUCCUCCUGUCCCACCUUAAAUCCUCUGAUAACAUCACUGGCACCACCAUCACCUGGUUCACAUCUUAUCUCAUCAAUAGACAACAGUUCAUCAAGGUCAACAACUACACAUCCUCCACCGUCCCUCUGUCCCAUGGUGUCCCUCAAGGAUCAAUCCUUGGCCCCCUCCUCUUUAUCCUGUACCUCCUCUCCCUCGGCAACAUCAUCUGCAGCCACAACCUCCACUUCCAUUGCUAUGCCGACAAUAUCCAACUGUACAUCUCCACCAACACCAUCUCCACCACCACCCUACACUCUCUCUCCAGUUGCUUGGCCUACAUUAAAUCCUGGAUGAGUAAAACUUUCUUCUGUUAAACUGCGACAAGACUGACCUGGACCCAAAUCACUCACACCAUUUCCCCACUCCCCCAUCACCACUGAUAACACCACCCUGUCUCCUUCCACUCACAUCAUAAUCUUGGUGUGACAUUUGACACCAACCUCACCUUUGAACCCCACAUUAAUCAGAUCACCAAAACUGCUUUUUUCC